AUGCCUACUGUUGAUCCAAAACCACGUCAUCGACCAUUUCGUCGAGUACUUUAUCGUGAAGAUUCAAAAGACUCAACGUUCACACAAGAUGUAUCACCACGAAGUGAUGGAUAUUUGUUAACAAAAUUAAACAAAAAACAUAAUCGUCAAAUCAUAGAAAAUAAUCAUAAAAUGCUAAUGACAAAUGGUAGUAGACGAUUAUUAAUGAAAGAAGGUAUUCUUUAUAAGAAACCUGCUGAAAGUAUUAAAUAUGUUAAACGUAUUCGAAAUGAUCCAAUGGCACGUUAUUUAUUUGUUAUGCAACAAUAUUUUACUCCAAAUAUGAGCGCUCUUUCUCAUUAUGAAAAUCAAAAUAUAUCGUAA